CCUGAACGAUUCAAGGUCGAGAACAUAAAACCACCCGUUUGCUGUUCUUGACUCUUCUUACUCUGAUCCGAUAAUUUUGCUCUCACUCCUACACCUCUCAACAGCUCCUCCCUCACUCUCGACCAUUCACCUAAAUACCUACACCUCCUACACACUCACAAACACCUUCCCACCUCUCACCACCACCGCCACCACCACCGCCACCACUAUCACUACCACCUUCCACGCCUCCCCACACAAACACAAACCCACCCCACAACCGUCAAAAUGGUCGAAAAAAUCACCGCGCACCGCACGACGACGCCCGCGAUCCGGAUCCUGCGCAUCCUCCUACGCAGCGUGCAAAUCCUGGUCGCACUCAUAAUAAUCGGCAUCUACUCUCACGAGCUGCGAGUGUACCACUCGUCUCACCCGUCGUCAAAGUCAUCAAUAAUCUACGCUAUCAUCGUCGGCGUGCUCAGCAUCGUGACCGCCGCCGUGUACCUCCUGCCGAACCUGGCAAGCCACAAGUUUUGUCCUUGGGAUGCGGUCCUGUUUAUUCUUUGGGCUGCACUGUUUGGUGUUACUGGCAAGGUCUGGGUCGAUAAGGGGGGGUAUGGCGGUAUGGGAAGGAAUAUGCGCGCCGGCACGUGGAUCAAUAUGGUCGGCAUGUUGCUGUGGUUUGCGUCUGCUGUUGGUGGCGCUUUCUUGGUCUACAGGGAGAAGCACUCGAGGAGCAUGCUCACCGGACGGGCGGUCGUCUAAGUUUCGGGCGUAGUACCUAGAUGUCUAUGCUAUGGAUGAUGCGUGAUGCAAUACGGUACCUACCAAUGCUUCCAUGGGCGGUUUCUUGUCUUUUUUACUCCGUCUUUUUCUUUUUCUUUUCUUUUAAGCGGGUUUGGUCGGGGGAGUUAUUGCUUUCGUUUCGUGGGAGAUACUGUGUGGUUGUAUAAUAGGUAGCUGGGUAGAACAGAACCCUUCAUGAUCGGUGUGAUUGGUGGAAUGAUGCGAUG